AUGAUCCCAGUCCAGCGCGUUAAAGCUCAGCCUCAGCUGUGGCACGUGAGCGCCGAAGCUCCUCCGUGGCUAUGGAUGGUCCCGACCACCUCCGGAAUGUGUAGGGUGGGAUCUGUUCCUCCCGUGCUCAUCUCCUCUCGCCCUCCUCCGGUGAUUCAGACGGUCUCGGGAUGGCAGAUGUCUUGCGAUCCGUUUGUGCCCGUGAUGCGCGCUGCCGCCGCGGAACCCGCGACCAUCAAUCAGUUCAGUCUGCCCAGUGCUCAGUGGGAGAUGCCGGCCAGGCCUCAUGUGUUGAGUUUCCAACCUUCUGCAAGUGUGGAUCUACUUCCAGUGUUUCCUCAAGUAUACCGGACGGUCCUGCCUCCACACUACGGCAAGGGCUGGGUGGAAAAACGUGUGCCUGACUACAAGUUUUAUCUAAACAACACUUUAGCUCUUGAGACCACCUGGAUCAGUCCAGAGGAAAUGGGAAUUUUCCAGCGUCAGGAAAAGCCACUGCUGAGGACAAAUCAAACGGCGUUGAGCAUAUGUAGGCCAGCUGCAGCCUCCAGGAAUAUCCACACUCUACUGCUGACACCCAGGCGCGUUUCAGGUUGUCCUGUGGCCAUUAAGCAAGUAGGAAGUUCUAAACGAAUCGCUCUGGCAGCAGCAGCCAUGAUGGCGAUGGAUUCUGACAUGACACAGGGACCAUCCAUCUCUUCUACUCACCCUCUCCACCUGCUCUCACUCUCACCCAUCAAGCUUCCCUUUCUGACGGCACCUCACACAGGAACACGGAGCAGCUGGGAAGGCUUGCUGGGACCCAUCCUGCCCUCUCAGAUAACUGCAGUAACAUCACUCUCUGCUCCUGGAGUGACCCUACUUACUGGAAACUGGAAGAAGCAAAGAGCAACAGAUAAGAUUUUGGAAUUGAAGAAGCCAUCCUGCACCGACGCCUUGGUGCUCCACCGUGAUCCGAACCCAAAGGCUAAGGCUGAGGAUGAGCCUUUUAAAGUCAGUAUGGAUGAGGACAGCUCGCUCAAAGACAAGCGGCCAGUAGCAUCCACGCCUAUACCUGGGUCACCAUGGUGUGUAGUAUGGACAGGCGAUGACAGGGUGUUUUUCUUCAAUCCCACCAUGCAUUUGUCAGUAUGGGAGAAACCAGUGGAUCUGAAAGACCGUGGAGACCUCAAUCGAAUCAUCGAGGACCCGCCACAUAAACGCAAGAAAGACUCUUUAGACGAUGGCUCAAAUGCUGACGAUGAUGACAAUGAUGAAGAGGAAGGUAGUUCAAAGAACAAGCGCUACAAACUGGACCAUCCUGCUGAGUGUGAAGGAAGAAACGGCUCAUCUCUUCAGAUGGUUGUACCGCUGGAGCUCCGGAUCGGCCACUUCAGAGACAUGCUUCUGGAAAGAGGGGUGUCUGCAUUCUCCACCUGGGAGAAAGAAUUGCACAAAAUUGUAUUUGAUCCACGUUACCUGCUGCUGAGUCCAGAAGAACGAAAGCAGAUUUAUGAUCAGUUUGUCAAAGCAAGAAUGAAAGAGGAGCACAAGGAGAAAAAGUGCAAACUCCAGCAAGCGAAAGAAGAGUACAGAAAACUGCUUGAGGAAUCAAAAAUCACAUCCAGGUCGAAAUUCAAAGAGUUUUCAGAAAAGUAUGGAAACGAUCCACGGUUUAAACUGGUACUGAAGAGGAAAGACCAGGAGCUGUUUUUCACCCAGUUCAUUGGCACGUUAAAGAAACGGGACAAGGAGAACAGAAUUCGUCUGAGGAAGAUGAGAUGA